AUGGCCAAGCCUCACGGCGGCGCCGUCCACACCCCGCGCCCCCGCUCCUCCUCCGGCGCCAAGGCCGUCACCGCCACCACCCCCGCCAACCGCAGCUCCGUGGGCUCCUCCUCGUCCGCGCCCCCCGCCCGCGACCUCGCCAAGGAGGCCGGCAAGCUCCUCACCUACGACGACGACGACGCCGCCUCCGCCGCGCAGCAGCAGCCGGACCCCGCGCUGCCCGAGGGCCUCGCCGUCGCCGACCUCGCGCCGCCGCUCGACCUCCCCGACCCCGACGACGACGCCUCCUCCUCCACCGUCGUCUCCGUCCCUCCCCACGACGCGAUCCCCGCCCCCGCCCUCACCCAGGUCGCACGUCCCGCCGACCCCGACGCCACCGCCACCGUCCUCACGGAGAUGGAGCUGGUCCUGGCGGAGCUGCGGGGUGCCCGGGGCCUGAGCGCGCGCUCGAGAUGCCUCCUGACCGCGCUCGCCGAGGCCGCCGCCGCCGAGCUCGACCCCCUCCGCACGCGCCGCGCGGCCUUCUGGAGGAAGCUGCGCGUCGGGGUCCUCGCCGCGACGGUCUUCUCCGUGGCCGCCAUGGACGCCGUCCUCCUCGCCGCGCUCCUGGGCGGCCCCCGCGGCAACGGCAGCCACGCGCCGCCCCCCACCUGA